GGCUAAGGGAGUAGGGUUACUGCAGUAACAGAGAUAGCCUGGCUCUGGAUAACCUGAAAAUAUGUCUCCGCAGAGUUCGGUGACUCCAGACAAGCCGAUCCAGGCUGCAGUGCCCCCCUCAGUGGAGCUGGGUUUGACUGUGGUUUACACCGCUCUAUACUCUCUGCUUUUCCUAUUCGUUUACCUGCAGCUCUGGCUAGUCUUGCACUAUAGGCACAAGCGCUUCAGUUACCAGACGGUGUUUUUGUUUCUCUGUCUGUUCUGGGCGGGCCUGAGGACUACGCUCUUUUCUUUUUACUUCAAAAAUUGUGUUCAGGCCAACCAGUUGGAGCCUUUGCCUUAUUGGCUGCUGUAUUGUUUCCCUGUGUGUUUGCAGUUCUUCACGCUGUGUCUACUAAACCUUUAUUUUGCACAGGUUAUUUUUAAGGCCAAAGCCAAAUAUUCUCCAGAACUUAAUAAAUACAAGAUACCGUUACGACUAGGAUUCUUAUUUGCUAGCAUUCUGUUUCUGGUGGUGAACUUCACAUGUGCAGUGCUUGUCCAAGGAAAUGUGCCAGAAAGCCAGUUGAAAUGGACUGUUUUUGCUCGAGUACUCAUCAAUGACAGCCUCUUUGUACUUUGUGCCAUUUCAUUGGCUGUAUGCAUCUUCAAAAUUGCAAAAAUGUCAUCUGCGAAUGUGUAUCUUGAGUCCAAGGGAACUUCUGUUUGUCAGGCUACUCUUGUGGGUGCUGCAGUGAUCCUGCUUUAUAUAUCAAGGGCUUCCUAUAACCUGGUUGUGGUUUUCAUGGCUCCAGAAGAUAGACCCAGUUCAUUCAACUAUGGCUGGUACAAUGUGUCUGAUCAGGCAGACGUUGAAAAAGUCAGUGACCAAGCUUAUGUGGCAUUUGGAAUCAUUCUUUUCCUUUGGGAGCUGUUGCCUACAAGUUUGGUGGUAUUUUUUUUCAGGGUGCAGAGACCAAAUCAAAAUCUAGGAUCUGGUGGAAUGAUCAACAGUCACAGUUUCAGUUCCAGGGCAUACUUUUUCGAUAAUCCAAGACGCUAUGAUAGUGAUGAUGAUUUAAGUAGAAGCAGUGGCUCUAGAGGGGAGAGAGGAAGCAUCUUAUCCACAACACCACAAGGCACUGGUUGGUAUGGAGCCAUCCAUAGGAAUAGCAAUUACAAUGUAGUCUCUCACUUGCUGAAUGGACCUCCAACAGCUACAGCACCACUUCUCUUCGCUUAUGGUAAUAUUCAAAACAACCACCAUCAUAACUAUUACUCAACACCACAAAACUACUAUUCAACACCACAGAACUAAUGGGACUGUACGGUUUCAGUUCUUUGGAAACGUUUACAUAGUUUUUAUGGCCCUUCGCAUGUUAUGAAAGAAUGAUUGAAAGAACAAGUACACUUGUGGCACUAUGAAAGAAAGAGAUGUCAAUAAAGUAACCUUCAGAACCGCACCAGUGACUAGAAAAGAAGGAUAAAGAUGUCCAAUAGUAUUGCCGUUUGUUUCAACUGUAGCAAGUUGGACUGCAUAUUGCACUUUUAUCUGCACUUGCAAUCUGAUCAAAAUUCCAGAAUGUAUCUGGAUUUAUCAAUAUUUUAAAUUUCUCGAAGGUUUUAGCAUUGGCCUGGGCUGAGCAGAAGGAUGUAUUUUCUUCAUGACUAGAUUAUUCACAGCCUGUUUUAUUAUGCGAUAGCUCUGUGGAGAGCAGAGUUUUUUAAAAAUGGUCAUUUUAAUCUAACAGGAAAAAUAGAAUGGUUGCUUUAAAUACUAUAAUAUGUGGUGCAUGAAUUUCAACUAAAAAUAUCUGCACAUGAUGUUGUCAUGGUCAUGGGCAAACAAUAUUAGCACAUUUGGUUGCGUUGUUUCCAAGCCACUAAUAUUCCAGAUCUGAGGCCUAACAUGGAAAUUUGCUGAGUGAUCAACAAAGCAUUUGAAUGUAAUAUCUAAUGCAAUGUUUUUCUAUUUGCCAUUCAAAUCUCAUAAAUGGGCUAAAAUUGUGUUUAAUAGAAUUUAAUAUCUGUACAUGUAUUAAUAUUGCCAGUUACUACAGUAGCCUAUAACUAUUAGCAUUAACUUAACCUAUUUUGGUAGAGUUGCAUGUUUAUUUUAGUGGACCUCAUUAACCACGUGAUAUUUUUGGUUAGCUGAGGUUUCCAAGUUCUUGAGGGCUGGUUUCUCCAAACAAGAUGGAAAUAAUUAUUGGAUUUUAUUGUAUGUAAUGUAAAGUUAAACAUAUGUGUACACCAGCAUGUUCUUGUACACACCUGAACAUUCCGUGAAGCAGCCGCAUACUUCGGUACAGUACACGACAGUUGUAGGGCACAGAUUAAACAUGUAUGGUAAGAUACUAGACAAGUUCGCACGUUAUUCUUUUGCACUUUUGAGUGUGUUUAUGAAAGCAGUACAGCUAUUUAAGCAGACGAAUGUGAAUUAUAAGCUAUUACAUUUUUUCAGACUAAGUAUUUAAUGUGUUGUAUUUUUAUACCUAACUACUGAAAUGGAAGUUGUACAAUACUAUAUGUAUGACUCAGGACCUUAAUGGAAUAGCAACAGGACCAGUCUCUAAUGGAUUUGAGGUGUGCUAAAUUUGCAUACCCUUUUAUACUUUAUAUUUCUGACUUGCUGCAAUGUUAGGUAAAACUUUCCAGCUUGAAAGUAAUAUGAAUUCCUGAGAUUAAAUAAUUUUGUGUAUGCAUAAGUCUCAAAAUGGAAAUUGACUUUGACAGCAUUGUAUAAGAGUGUUUGUUAGGAUUUGGCUGUCCAGUUGUAACAGUAGAAAUUAUCAGGUAAA